AUGAGGGCAGGGGAGGGAGGCUCGGCCGCACACACUCGGCCAGGAUCCGGGCCCUCGGGUCCCCCAGCUCGCAACUGUGCGGUCCAGCAACGUCUCUCUGGCCCUCUCAGCUCAGCUUAUGACCACGUGCGCAAGACUCGAGUGGCCAUAAAGAAGAUCAGCCCCUUCGAGCAUCAGACCUACUGCCAGCGGACACUACGGGAGAUCCAGAUCUUGCUGCGCUUCCACCAUGAGAAUGUCAUAGGCAUCCGAGAUAUUCUCCGGGCGCCUACCCUGGAAGCCAUGAGAGAUGUCUACAUUGUACAGGACCUAAUGGAGACAGACCUGUACAAGCUGCUUAAAAGCCAGCAGCUGAGCAACGACCACAUCUGUUACUUCCUCUACCAGAUCCUGCGGGGCCUCAAGUAUAUCCACUCAGCCAAUGUGCUCCACCGGGAUCUAAAGCCCUCCAACCUGCUCAUCAACACCACCUGCGACCUUAAGAUCUGUGAUUUCGGCUUGGCCCGGAUUGCUGAUCCUGAGCAUGACCACACUGGCUUUCUGACCGAAUAUGUGGCCACACGCUGGUACCGGGCUCCAGAGAUCAUGCUUAACUCCAAGGGCUACACCAAGUCCAUCGACAUCUGGUCUGUGGGGUGCAUUUUGGCUGAGAUGCUCUCCAACCGGCCCAUCUUCCCAGGCAAACACUACCUAGACCAGCUCAACCACAUUCUGGGUAUCCUGGGCUCCCCGUCCCAAGAGGACCUGAAUUGUAUCAUUAACACAAAGGCCCGAAACUACCUACAGUCCCUGCCCUCUAAGACCAAGGUGGCCUGGGCCAAGCUUUUUCCCAAAUCAGAUUCCAAAGCUCUUGACCUCCUGGACCGGAUGUUGACCUUCAACCCCAAUAAACGGAUCACAGUGGAGGAGGCGCUGGCCCACCCCUACCUGGAGCAGUACUAUGACCCCACAGAUGAGCCAGUGGCUGAGGAGCCCUUCACUUUCGACAUGGAGCUGGAUGAUUUGCCCAAGGAGCGGCUGAAGGAGCUCAUCUUCCAAGAGACAGCCCGCUUUCAGGCAGGGGCAUCAGACCUCCCCUAACCAGGACGUGCAUCCCUGCCUUCUGGGGCCUGGCCUGGCUCCUGCCUACCCUCCCCUGCUGGACUGUUAGGAAGUGGAUGCUGUGUGCAGCCCCAGCCGAGGCUUCUCCCACUUUGCUGGGGACUCCUGCGUUGGGCAGGCCAAGGCUCCCUCUCACCCCACCUGGCCCUGGAGCCUGAGGAGCUCAGGUGGCCCAGAGCAAAUCUCUGCUGCUCUGCCUUCAUCUCCCCCAGCUGGCCCAUCUCUGGUAGGCUAGACCUUUCUGGAAUGGAAAGGCUCUGGCUGCCGCAGGACCUACCCCAGCGACUCAGAGUCUGAGUAGGGACUCUGGCAAGCUCUGCCCCACUCCUCCCAUUGAAACCCCACCCCAAACCCCACCCCGUUUUCCUUGAAGAACAUUCCUAAGUCUCAAGGGCUAGUAUUCCUGAGGAGCCUGUCCUGGCCUAACCCGCCCCCCAGCUGCCACAUUUAAUGCCCUCCAUGCUUCUGUGGAGUGGGGGCCCAAGGAGAGCGCAGUGCCCUUGCUCACUUCCCGUGCCUGUAUCUAAUAUAUAAAUAUAGAGACAUGUAUACGG